CACCAGAAGUGUAACUUAACCAAAGCAGCCUUAUUUCCAAUUCACAUUCUUGAAUUGUUCAGAUUGGCGUCUCUGACGUGGAUUUGUAUUCGAAUUCGAAAAUUCGAAAAUAUACACAAGCUUCAUUUCAAAAUAUUAUAAUAAUCUAUUAUCUACUUUUUGUUGUUUUUGUUUUGUUACAAAAUCCCAGAAUAUUGUAUACAUACCUACUAGUUUGUGCUGUUUCACUGAUUACACUUCUUAUCGGGCGCGGGAGCUCAAUUUCUAAAGCUACUUCUUCUCUUCUGCCUGCUUACCCGUCCCCUAGCCGUCGUCGUCGCGUCGUCUGUCUGCCUUACUGACUGUGUCUGUGACUGCCUGUCUUACCGCCUGCCUGCAAAAAUAAAACACAACGAUUAAAUUCAAAUAUUUUUGUGCACAUCACGGUGUCUAUGGACUUUCUAAGCGUAUUCGAAGCGGCCAGUCUCAGUUGUUCAGUCGUUGGUGCGUUUCCGAGUCGGUUUGACGUUGGUCCUCCUUUUUAUUUCUCUUCAGUUUUGUGUUUUUAUUAAGUGAAGUCUUUCGGGAUUCGGUGAUUCAAACGUCGUCGGUCUUCUUGUCUUGUUUGAGACCAAUUUUUAUAACUUUCUUCAUGUGCGGUUAAAAAUAUACAUAUCUAGAAAUAUUAAAAGAAAAUUAUAAAUAAUUGCAAUAAAUAAAUUAUUGUGUAUCAGCAAACCCAACUCUGGAUAUCGUGUCGCUUUUAUUUUGUUGGAUAAAAUUACAUUAAAAUUCCCCUUAACCUUCUUUAGCAAAUAUGGAAAAAGAAAUUGAAGUCGAUGCUGCCGCUGCUGCUGCUGGUGCCGCCGCGGCAAUUGCUGGUGGAGACGAACCAUUCCUUGGAAUAUUAGACAUAAUUCUGCUGGCAGUUUUAAUGAUGGGUGGAGCUUGGUAUUUCAUGAAAAACAAAAAAGAAAAACCUGAACCACUUCAUACAUAUUCCAUACAACCAACAACAGUGACGACAGCAGUUGCAGCAGAAAACUCAUUUAUAAAAAAAUUAAAAACUUCUGGACGUAGUUUAGUUGUAUUUUAUGGCUCACAGACAGGUACUGCUGAGGAGUUUGCUGGUCGUCUAGCCAAAGAGGGUAUAAGAUAUAAGAUGAAGGGAAUGGUUGCUGACCCCGAAGAAUGUGAUAUGGAAGAACUUUUGAAAAUGAAAGACAUUCCAAACUCAUUGGCUGUCUUUUGUUUGGCAACAUACGGUGAAGGAGAUCCCACAGAUAACGCAAUGGAAUUCCACGAUUGGAUACAAGGCGGGGAUGCUGAUAUGACUGGUCUAAACUAUGCAGUAUUCGGUUUGGGUAACAAAACCUAUGAACAUUACAACAAAGUUGCCAUCUAUGUGGACAAGAGGCUCGAAGAACUCGGUGCUACCCGAGUCUUUGAAUUGGGACUUGGAGAUGAUGAUGCAAACAUCGAAGAUGACUUCAUCACAUGGAAGGAUCAAUUCUGGCCAGCUGUUUGUGAUUUCUAUGGAAUCGAGGCUGGCGCUGAGGAAGUGUUGACUCGUCAAUUCAGGCUGCUGGAACAGCCUGAGGUCCAGCCAGAUCGCAUUUACACCGGAGAAAUCGCUCGCCUCCACUCAAUCAAGAACCAAAGGCCUCCCUUCGAUGCCAAGAACCCCUUCCUGGCGACAAUUACGGUCAAUCGGGAGCUACACAAAGCUGGCGGUCGCUCAUGCAUGCACAUUGAACUGAACAUUGAAGGUUCAAAGAUGCGUUACGACGCAGGUGAUCAUGUGGCCAUGUACCCAGUAAAUAACAAGGAAUUAGUUGAGAAACUCGCAGAGUUGUGUUCUGCUGAUUUGGACACCGUGUUCUCUCUGAUCAACACAGAUACGGAUAGCAGCAAGAAACAUCCGUUCCCUUGUCCCACGACAUACCGCACAGCUCUGACACACUACUUGGAGAUCACUGCCAUUCCUAGGACGCAUAUUCUCAAUGAACUCGCCGAAUAUUGUACGGAUGAGAAGGACAAGGAACUUUUGAGGAGUAUGGCUUCGAUCACACCCGAAGGCAAAGCCAAAUACCAGUCAUGGAUUCAGGACGCGUGUAGGAACAUCGUUCACAUACUCGAGGACAUCAAAUCGUGUAAACCGCCAAUUGACCAUGUGUGCGAGUUACUGCCAAGGCUACAGCCACGUUACUACUCUAUUUCAUCAUCUGCCAAGCUUUAUCCAACAACAGUUCAUGUGACAGCAGUUCUUGUGCAAUACAAAACACCAACAGGACGAAUUAACAAAGGUGUUGCCACAUCCUACUUAAAGGAGAAACUUCCAAUUGAUGGUGAAUUGCCGAAGGUGCCAGUGUUUAUCAGAAAGAGUCAAUUCCGUUUGCCAAAUAAAACAGAAACACCAAUUAUAAUGGUUGGACCUGGUACAGGUUUGGCACCAUUCAGAGGUUUCAUCCAAGAACGAUCAUUCCUUCGUAACGAGGGUAAAGUUGUUGGUGAUACAAUUUUAUAUUUCGGUUGUCGUAAACAGAGUGAAGAUUAUAUCUAUGAGGAGGAAUUAAAAGAAUUUGUUGAUAAUGGCACAUUAACACUUAAAGCAGCAUUCUCAAGAGAUCAACAAGAGAAAAUCUACGUUACACAUCUAUUGGAAAAGGAUUCCGAUUUGAUAUGGGAUGUGAUAGGCAAAAACAGGGGACACUUUUAUAUUUGCGGUGAUGCUAAGAAUAUGGCUGUGGAUGUCCGGAAUAUCUUGAUUAAUGUCAUCACAACCAAAGGUGGCAUGUCCGAAAUAGAAGCUGUACAAUAUCUAAAGAAAAUGGAAGCACAAAAGAGAUAUUCAGCUGAUGUGUGGAGUUAAAAUAGAAACAAAUAGAAAACAACAAAGUCCUCCUCUCACCUUCUUUUUUUUUGCUGAGGGUAGUGUUUUGUUUACAUUCUUAUUGAAUUGCCUUAAAACACCUAUCCUAUUAAAUAUAUUUACAUACAUCUUUUUUUUAAUUUAAUUUAAAAAAACAACACGUACAGUACAUAUAGAAAUUUGUUAUUGUAAUAAUAUUUUACAAUUUCACACACAUACAUUAAGUUGCUCUUUUGUGGGUAGGUUGUUUUAUUUAAAUUUCUUUCUUAUUACUUACGAAUAAGUUAAAAGUUUUUCAUCAAAAAGUGCAAUUUUUAAAUUGUUAAAUUUAAUUAUUUUAUAAAUUUGGUUAUUAAAUGAAAAUAAUACAAAAAAAAUAAAAACAAUUUUCUUCCUUGUGUUAGAAGAAAAAAGAAAUAGGAACACAACCGGUAUGGCUAUAAGGUCUUGUUAGUUUAAAUAUGUUAUAAUAAAUAAAAAUAUUAAUUUAAGUUAUAUUUAAAUUAAAGAAAAAACUAAAAAGAUAAAUCAAUUAUUAAAUUACUUGACUUGACUUUGAUGCGUAAAAGCAUACAACAACAAAAAACAAAAAUAUGCUAUGUAGAAAAUUACGAUAAUAAACAAACAAAAAACUGUGUAUAGUAAAGAAAAAAAAAUAAUUAUAUUUUUUGUAACAAAGGAAUAUUUUUUAAAAAUAAAGAAUUUUAAAGAAAAUA